AUGAGGGAGUCAACAUUAGGGAGUGCCACGGGUGGAGAAGAACCUGAGCAACAACCACCAAUGUCACCUCCACGAAGGAGACAAACCGAGGUCAUGAUCAGGGAACCUGUUGACAUGGACUCCGAGAAUGUGUUCAAAAUUUACAGCGCCCCUGAGGCUCUUGCGGCUCCCCCGAGUAGAAAGAAAACAAGCAAGAGGCAUCCUGGGGAAAGCAUCAAAGCGCCUCAGGCUAAGAAGCCUCCCAAUGCAGGCCUCCCAGAGGAUGGGCCCUCAGCCAAUGCAACUCCACCUUCUCCUCACGAGCAGCAAACUCCCCCUGCUCCAGACGGAUCGACUCCAUCUCCAGUGGCCCCAACCGACCAGACUCAGCAAGCCGGUCCUGCUUCGACUGGGGCAAUGCUGACCCUUAUUGCCGGUCGUCUCCGCUCGAGUGCUGUUACCGAGCAGGCCAAAUAUUUGGAGCAACGACAUGCUGAUGAACUCAAAGCUGCCGCAGCAAAAUAUGCCAAACAACUUGCAGUGGUGUUUGAGGAGAAUAAUAAAUUGGCUGAGGAGUUGAGGGAGAAGCAAAAGUCUCUGGACAAAGCCACCGAGCAGAAGGACAGGGCCAACUUCAAUUACCUUCCUAAGAAUGCAAGAAACGCUGAGCUCGCUCACUGUGCUAGUCGACUGGCAGAGGAAGAAAGAUUGAGGAUUCCUGCUUCCCCUGAGAUCUCGCUGGCCACUGGGAUGGACGGGGCAGACAAUGAGGCUGCAGACGUCGUCGAUCAGAGCCCUCCUCAAGAUCCUUCAGCUCCUUAG